CCAAAAGAAAACAUAAUGUCAUUGGCGUUGGUACUAUUUAUCCGGGCAAUUUGGAGUUUUACUUCGUCCGAUCCCACAUUCCCACACCGGAAGCAGUUGAAGUAUUCCUCCUUCCAACACCCUAUAUAUAUGGAUAUCCGCUUCUAAAUUCAAUCAUCUUAUGCCGCGGUUGCUACUACACUAAUACGCAGCCCUUCUAUCUGUGUGUAAAAAUGAUAGUUAAAACUUUAAAUUUUUUGAAGCGCAGCAUGCCUUUGUUCACGCAUAUGCAUAUUGAAAUGAACAUGCACCAAAUUAAAGCUGAAAUGGUGGUACCUCCAAAACCGAAUGCUAUAAUGAGUAAGAAGCCUGAAAUUGCAAAGCCACCUCCAAAGCUGAAUGGUAUUGUGAUUAAGGAGCCUGAAAAUGCUAAAGAAGCUCCUUUUAUUGAGGUGACUUACAAGAAGAAGGGAACCCAAUUGCCAAAGAAGAAUGGGAGCAAAAAUGAUGUUAACACAUCCAUGCCCCAAAAGCCGAAUCCCACUCAAGAUAAAGAGGAGGCUGCCGUGGAUGCAAGGCUGCAAAUUGUUACAAAACUGGGGCCCAAACCGGUGGAGGAUGCAGUUGCUCUCUAUAUCCGCAACAUGUACGAGAUGGAUGAUUAGGACAUUGUCACUGGUUGAGGGCCAAUACAUGCAUGUCAAAUGUGUGUGCCGUAUCACCCAAAUAAAUUUUUUAGCUACGUUUGUUUAUCCGCUAUAUACCGUUUUGGAACGCAAAGCCUUAUGGGAGGAACUUGCUAUGCUAGGGGAUGGUAUUACCGAACCUUGGUUUAUUGCGGGGGACUUUAAUUGCGUUUGUGCUCCGAAUGAUAAGGUAGGGUCUACCCCACCUACGGCAUAUAUGAUGCAACACUUGUUUGAUUUUAAAAUCCGGGCUAACCUUGAUGAUGCACCUUCUACGGGUGAAUUCUACACGUGGAACAGAGGUGCCCUUUGGGCAAAACUGGAUCGUGUUUUAUUAAAUGAUGCUUGGAGCAACGGUGGUUUAAAUGUUAGGGCCCAUUUCAAUGAAAUGGAGGUUUAGUUUGAUCAUACAGCUUCUGUAAUAUCAAUACUCAAUAAUUCCUCUCUAAGGCCUAAACCAUUUAAGUUUUUUUAAUAUGUGGAUUAAACAUCCGGAGUUUGCUAGUUUAGUAGCACAGAAUUGGAACCAGCAUAUUGAGGGUACAGCGCAAUACUCAAUGGUGAGGAAGCUAAAGCUGCUCAAAAGGCCGCUUAAAGACCUCAAUACUAAAGAGUUUGGCCACAUCUCCAAUAGGGCGAAGAGGGCAAAAGAGGAGUACAAAUGCAUACACAAACUAGCUCUCCUAAAUCUGAUGGAUGAGGAACUCCAAGGCCAGUUGACUGAAGCUACAAGAUGGGCAAAAUUCCUUAGUGAAGCCGAAGCUAGCUUCUAUCAACAAAAGGCCAAGGCAACUCACAUCCUUGAGGCGGAUAAGGGGACUAAGUAUUUUCAUGCAAUUGUGAAAAGGAAGGCAACUAGGAAUGCAAUAUCUUCCAUCACUUUGGAGAAUGGCAAUCUUACUACGCCAUUGGAGCAGGUUGGGAAUGAAUUCGUAAGAUUUUUUGUUGACUUAUUUGGUACUCAUGCCGAAUGCCAUUCCCUGGACCCCAUGGUUUUGGGAUCCGGUCCUUUGAUUGAACCUAGUGUUCAUGAAAGCCUACUUGCACCGAUUAAGACAAUAGAGAUUAAAAAUGCUCUAUUUGAUAUUGGUAAUGAGAAGGAACCGGGACCGGAUGGUUACUCAUCCGUUUUCUUUAAUUGAUAUUGGAAUACUGUUGGAAAUGACAUAGUCCGGGCUACCAAAGAGUUCUUUUGUUCAGGAAAGUUACUCAAGCAAAUAAACCACAUGGUUAUUGCACUUAUCCCUAAAACGAAUCACUCUCCCAAGGUAUCAGACUAUAGACCAAUUUCUUGUACGAAUGUAUUAUAUAAAAUUAUUACAAAAAUCCUAGCGGCUAGAAUCAUCUCUUGCCUCCCUGGCUUGAUUGACCUAGCCCAAGGUGCUUUUGUUGACGGCCGCCUCAUGUUUGAUAACAUUUUUCUUGCCAAAAAACUUGUUAGGGGAUACAUGAGGAAGCGAAUCUCACCUAGAUGUAUGAUCAAAGUGGAUUUGCGAAAGGCCUAUGAUACUAUUUCUUGGAGUUUUCUUGAUAAUGUCUUAAGGGGUUUGGGCUUCCCCUCGAGAUUUGUUGGAUGGAUUAUGGAGUGCGUAACCACGGCUUCAUUCUCCAUUUCCUUGAAUGGUUCUUUAUAUGGUUUCUUUGAGGGCAAGAGGGGCAUUCGGCAAGGAGAUCCUAUGUCUCUGUUGCUUUUUGUCCUUUGCCUAGAAUAUUUUUCCCGACUAAUUAAUUUGAAAACCAAAGGGUCAAAUUUUAAUUUCCAUCCACAAUGUGCGAAACUUGGAGUGACUCACUUGGCCUACGCAAAUGAUCUAAUUCUCUUCUCUCGGGGCGACACUUAUUCAAUUGAAAUACUUGUCAAAGCCCUUGAGGAAUUUGGGGAUGCAUCGGGCCUUAAAGUAAAUCAUGAUAAGUCAAGCAUUUUUUGGGUGGAGUUAAUAAUAAUGAUCUCCAGGAGAUUAUGGCCCUUGUGGACUUUGGGUGUGGUACAUUCCCGGUUAAAUACCUCGGAAUUCCACUUGCCUCUUUAAAGGUUUCCGUAACGCAAUAUUCACCGUUGCUUGAUACAAUUUCGGAUUUUUUAAAUGCUUGGAAUGCAAAGACCUUAUCCUAUGCCGGAAAACUAGAGUUGAUAAGAUCUGUGAUCCAAGGGGUCCAAUCUUUUUGGCUCCAAGUUUUCCCGGUCCCCCAAACAAUCUUGGAUAAGAUAGUUUCUAUUUGCCGAAUUUUUCUAUGGGGUGGGAAAUAUUCAAAAGUGGCCUGGGACGACAUUUGUCUACCAAAAGAGGAGGGGGGCCUUGGCAUUCUUAAUGCUAAGAUUUGGAACCAUGCUCUCCUCUCUCGAACACUUUGGGAUGUUCAUAGGAAAAAAGACACCCUUUGGGUGAGGUGGGUCAAUGGGGUCUACCUCAACGACAGGAGCGUGUGGGAUUUUAUCCCACACAACCGUGACUCAAUGUUCAUGAAGAAACUGAGUCACAUUCGAGACCAAAUUAUGGGCUGUUUUAACAAUCGGAAUGAUACCAUAAUGGGUUUGAAUGCUAGAUCUGUUAAAGGCAAGCUAAUUUCGGGCAAAAUUUAUGACUUAUUGAGAAUAAAAGGGACAAAUAGGGCUUGGAUGAGCUUCAUUUGGAAGUCUUAUAUGAUUAUAUCUCUCCAAAAUUCUCUUUUAAUGUUUGGCUAGCUUUCUGAAACCGGUUACCUACACAGGAUAACCUUGAAUAUUUGCAUAUCAUAAAUAGAUGUGACCUUUGCAAGGGUGGCUUGGAAACAAUGCCACACCUAUUUUUUCUUUGUGCUUUCACUCGUAGGGUUUGGGAGCGCAUCAAGGACUGGUUGGGAAUGGAUCGCCAAAUGACCACACUUCAAAGCUCGGUCAAAUGGAUACUAAAGGAGCAUAAGGGAUCCAAGUUAAAGGGCAAAGCAGUUCGGCUAGCUUUCUGUGCCGCGGUGUACCACUUGUGGCAUGCAAGGAAUGAAAACAGAUUUGAUGGAGGCAACAAGAGUGAAGACGAGAUCAUCUCGAAAAUCAAGCAUGUGGUAUAUAAGAUCUUAUUCAACAUAUAUCCGCAUGAGUUGAUCAAAUUCUGAUUGAAGACCUUUUUUGGAUACUUUCAAAUGCCAAAGCAUUGAUUUAUUUUUGGGCAAAAGGAUGUGUGCAUCUUGCAACAUCA